GCACGGGCUGCGCUGCGUGUCCCUCGCGUUACCCCGUCACCACGCCACGCCCCCUUCCCGUUCCCCGGAAGUGCGCCGUAGGAGAGGAAGUGCAUGCCUACGGUCGCCGGCCGCGGUUCCGCGAUGGUGGGCAGCGGCGGGAUGGGGGGCGGUCUCCUGGAGAACGCUAAUCCCCUCAUCUACGAACGCUCUGGGGACCGGCCAGUGACCGCCGGCGAGGAGGACGAGCAGGUUCCAGACAGUAUCGACGCGCGCGAGAUCUUCGAUUUGAUUCGCUCCAUCAAUGACCCGGAGCAUCCCCUGACGCUAGAAGAAUUGAACGUAGUAGAGCAAGUCCGGGUUCAGGUGAGCGACCCUGAGAGCACAGUGGCCGUGGCCUUCACACCCACCAUUCCACACUGCAGUAUGGCCACCCUUAUUGGCCUCUCCAUCAAAGUCAAGCUUCUGCGAUCCCUUCCCCAGCGUUUCAAGAUGGAUGUGCACAUUACACCAGGGACCCAUGCCUCAGAACAUGCAGUGAACAAGCAGCUUGCAGAUAAAGAGCGGGUGGCAGCCGCCCUAGAGAACACCCACCUGCUUGAGGUUGUGAACCAGUGUUUAUCAGCCCGGUCUUGAGCCUGGAUUUUUGCUCCCAGCCCCAUGCAGGGCUCAUGGCCUUGUUUUCUUGAAUCGCUGACAAUAAGAAACUAACAUUUUGCAUUUUGUAAUAAACCUUUAAUUUAUAUUCAUU